AAGACUGUGGAGGUGUGAAUAUCAUUGUUAGAAACUAGUGCGUUAGUUAGUUAGAUAGUAAAAUUUUUAAAAUGUUUAUAAAACAAUUGUUAGCAACAAUUGUGGCUAUAAUUGCACUGGCCCAGUUAUCAUUACAGGCCAGCACGGCCUAUGAUCCCUUUUACUCAGCCGGUGUAGUGGAAUUUCGUCCCUCUACUAGCUUGACGGCAGAGGCCCGUAUGCUGGAUAACCUUAAGGAUUAUUUGUCUAUUUUAGAAUCUGAGGAAGCUAAAAAUCUCGAUAUAAUAGUUUUUCCUGAAUCAACUCUUAAUAAUAAUGAACAGGCCACAUUUGUGCCAAAUCCCUCUAAAGAUCUAAUAGUGCCCUGUGAGGUGAAUACUGGAGAAUACAACACUCUAUUGGUGCAAUUGUCCUGUGCUGCCAAGAAGUUGUCAGCAUAUGUGGUCAUUAAUUUAACCGAAAAAGAAUGGUGCACAACAGUACCAGAAGAUACACGACCUUGUGCGUCCAGUGGCCUAAAUCUGUACAACACCAAUGUGGUGUUAGAUCGUAAGGGAACGGUCAUAUCACGUUAUCGCAAAGUUCAUUUAUAUGGUGAAAAUAAAAAUUCCACUUUUAUGCCCGAAAUGGAUUGGUUUGAUACAGACUUUGGUGUGCGUUUUGGUCACUUUAUAUGCUUUGAUAUAUUGUUCUAUGUUCCUGCCCAGUCGUUGGUGAACUACAGUGGCAUUAAAGAUUUCAUAUUCCCCUCUAUGUGGUUUUCACAGCUGCCAUUUUUAACGGCGGUUCAAGUGCACCAGGCCUGGUCUUAUGCCAACAAUGUGAAUUUACUAGCGGCUGGGUCAUCGAACCCCUUGGUGGGUUCUACCGGCACGGGAGUUUAUCAUGGCCGCCAGGGUAUAGUGGUGGCUAAAAUGAAUCAGGGUAUUGGAGAGCGUAAGUUGUAUGUGGCCCAAGUACCCAAAUAUCGCCAUUUAACCAAGAGGUCCUUGGACUUGAAUAACACCAACAAGAUUAGACUUUCUCUGCCAAAUAUCAAGCUCAAAAGGGAUUAUUUGCAAAAUUAUGAAACAGUAGCACUUAAUUUGACCACUAGCACUAGUGUAAAACAAGAGAUUUGCUUUACCAACUCCUCAUUUUGCUGUAACUUCGAAUUGAAAUGGCAACCUUUAACUGUACAGCCAGCAAGUAAAUAUUAUCAAUAUCGUUUGGGUGUCUAUGAUGGCUGGCGCAAUGAAGAGGCUGCCGAAACCAAUCAACUGAAGAACUGUGCCUUGUUUAGCUGCAUAGGCGAGGAUAUCAUGGACUGUGGCAAAACUAUGGCCACAGACAUUGAUGUGGUAUUUGAAAAUAUCACCAUAUGGGGCACUUAUCCCAAGGCCGAGAGAUUUUUAAUAAUGCCCAAUAGUUUAACAGCCGACAUGAUGCCGCUGCCGGUAAAUCACUUCCAGUGGCAAAGAUUAGACACAAAAAAUAACCUGCAAAUGCGUUAUGAACUUAAUACCACCACCCCCAAUGUCAUGGCCUUUUCCAUCUAUGGCAAUUAUUAUGACUGCAUUGUAGACCUUAAACCAGACGAAGACGAAGGAGGAGAUGAUGCAGCAGCUGCCUUAAACAACUCUUUCUUUGUUAUAGUGGGAAUUUUCCUAAUAAACUUGCUUGUUUUGUUUUUAGGUUUUACCUGUAAGGUAAGGGCCGAUAAUUCAUACUAUACUGCCGGUGUGGUUGAAUUUAAACCCCAAGUGGGUGGCAUGAAUUCCUCUGAAUUAUUGGCCGAUCAUUUGAAAGCCUAUUUAAGCAUAUUAGAAUCAUCCGAGGCUUUGGACACCGAUAUUAUAGUCUUUCCCGAGGGCACUUUAAACAAUCAAUUCCAUUUAACCUAUGUGCCCAAUGAAAACGAUAAAAUAAUACCUUGUGUAACGAAUAAAGACAAUCUUUAUGCCGAUUUCUUUGUCCAACUCUCAUGUGCCGCCCGCCGUGUAAGCAAAUAUUUGGUUAUAAAUUUACCCGAGAAAGAAAACUGUCCCUCGAGUAAAGAAGACUCAAGACCCUGUGCCAGCAAUAAUUUAAAUAUUUACAACACCAAUGUGGUGUUUGAUCGUGAGGGUCGGGUAGUGUCGCGUUAUCGCAAAGUGCAUGUGUAUGUGGAGAAUAAAAAUACCACUUCUAAACCGGAAUUUGCUAUAUUUGAAACAGAUUUUGGGGUACGUUUCGGUCAUUUUAUUUGCUUUGACAUGUUGUUUUACACACCCGCCCAGGAGUUGGUCGAUCGCUUUGGUGUGACAGAUUUAAUAUUCACCAGUCUUUUUUACUCGGAAUUGCCGUUUUUGACAGCCGUACAACUACAACAUGGCUGGGCCUGGGGUAACAAUGUGAAUUUAUUGGCAGCUGGUGCUAGUUAUCCCGAAUGGGGCAUGACCGGUAGUGGCAUCUAUUCAGGCCAAUUAGGAGAUCUAGUAUCUGUAAUGGUUAGUGAUCAAGGCGAACGUAAACUCUACAAGGCCAGAGUACCCAAAAAAGGCUCGAAAUUACAACCCCAACCUAAUACACAACCUUUAAUUAAACCAUCUCGAAAUAUAACCAAAUUACGUCUCUUGAAAGAUCCACAAAUUGUAAAUUACAAUUCGGUUUUACUAGACUUUAGCCGAGUAGAUAGCUUUACUAAUAUACAUUUGUGCGAUGGCGAUGUGUGCUGUUCGUUUGAAAUAAAUGCACAAAUUUUAAAUUUUACCCUGGGGCUUAACUUUAAGUAUCGUGUGGGUAUAUUUGAUGGCCGGCGUACUUAUGAAAAGGAGGAGUGGAGUGAUAUUAAAGUGUGUGCUUUAUAUGCCUGUGCCAAUACAGAGCCCAGCAGCUGUGGUGAAGCUUUAAGUGCGGACAAUGUGUUAUUCAAAAGCAUUAACAUUAAAGGCAAAUUUCCAAAUGCCAACAAACUCAUGAUAAUGCCCUCCAUAUUGGAUGAUCAAUUGUAUCCCCUGAAACAUAAUGAGGUGGUGUGGUCGAAAACAAAGCAAAACCAAGGUUAUGAAGUGGUUUUAAAGUUAAACAAAGAGCUGAGUAACAUUAUGACUUUUGGUAUUUAUGGCCAGUAUUAUGAAAAAUCUUCGGCUGCAGCUAUAAAAGCAGGAAAUAUGUUAAUAUUUGCUUUCAUCUUAUUAAAAUUACUGGGUUUUAUGAACUACCAUUGAUAUUUGUAAAU